CUCCCUCCGGGGGAUGGAUCUCACUGCAGAAGCCCCGCGCACGUUUGGCAGAUCUGCAGCGGACUGAGAGGCACGACGGCCCGCUUUGGCAAGAAAAGUUCAACCUAACGUCGAUCAAUUUCUACAAUUCAAUUUGUUCUGGCCAAGAUUCUCAACUGAUAACCAUUACCGCUUGGUGGUGCAGAUACGAACUGUCGUUCAUCCAAAUUUUCCUCAAUUACUGCGCUGGAGGCAUUCCAAAACGCAGAUAUGUUUUACAUGCAGUAGCUAGUCUACCGCGACGACAUAAAGUUAAUUAUACUGAAUGUGAAUCGGAAGAACCUUUACUUGAAAGAACUGUCGAGAAAACUUCUUCAGACAACUAAUAAUCAUUACCGCUUGGUGGUGCAGAUACGAACUGUCGUUUAUCUAAUUUACCCUCAUUGUGGCUGGAGACUUUCCAAAACACAGGGACGUUUUACAAGCAGUAGCUAGUCUACCGCGACGACACAAAGUUCAUUAUACUGAAUGUGAAUCGGAAGAGCCUUUACUUGAAAGAACUGUCGAGAAAACUUCUUCAGACAACUAAUAAUCAUUACCGCAGAUACGACCUUUAGUUCAUCCAAUUUUUCCUCAAUUACUGUGCUGGAGGCUGUCCAAAACGCAGAACUGAUGUUUUAAAAGCAGUAGCUAGUCUACCGCGACGACACAAAGUUCAUUAUACUGAAUGUGAAUCGGAAGAGCCUUUACUUGAAAGAACUGUUGAGAAAACUUCUUCAGACAGCUAAUACUCAUUGCUACUUAGGAGUGCAGACACGUCCUAUAGUUCAUCCAAAUUUUCCUCAAUUACUGCGCUGGAGGCAUUCCAAAACGCAGAUAUGUUUUACAAGCAGUAGCUCUUCUACCGCGACGACAGAAAAUCCCAAAUAGUGAAUGUGGAUCGGAAGAGCCUUUACUCGAAGGAACCGUUGAGAAAACUUCUUCAGUUGAAGAAUUGUGACCAUGACGAACAACACUUUUUCGAUCUUUAACGAGACACUACCUGCUCCGGACAAUAUCACAACAUCUUUGGCGCCGCAGGCGAUCGCUAUCCCAGUUGUGUUCUCCAUCAUAUUCCUAAUCGGUGUGACAGGCAAUGCUCUGGUUAUUACCAUCAUGUCCUGCAAUGAGAGGAACAGACGAAAUACGACAAGCGUAUUCAUCCUGAAUCUGGCCAUUGCCGACCUGAUGUUCAUCGUGUUUUGCGUGCCAUUCCAAGGGACUAUAUACACGUUACCUGAGUGGAUAUUCGGUGGCUUCAUGUGCAAGUUUGUCAACUACCUCAUCUACGUCACAAUGCUGUCCAGUACCUUUACCCUCACGGCCAUGUCUUUCGAUAGGUACUUAGCCGUCAUGUACCCGAUUACAACAGCGUAUCUACGCACGUGGAAAGUAGCUACAGUCUCCUGUCUUGUCAUUUGGGCAGUAUCCUUUGCAACAGCAUCUCCCUAUGCCAUCUACUACAACCUGUACAGAAAGUAUUGGCCAAGUGAUGGCUGGUUUCGUCUUUGCUACGACCAGUGGCCCAAUUCUCAGGGCAGACCUAUCUUUAUUGCAUCCCUUUUCUUCAUUGGUUAUGUUCUUCCUUUUCUCAUCAUUACCUUUUGUUAUAUCAACAUUUUGCGCGAGUUGUGGUGUGUUCCACGUGUACUACAACAGACCGAGAAGUGGAGCGGCAUGAAAAAGGCUAUCGUUGCGAAGAAAAAGGCUGUCAAAAUGGUCAUAGUCGUCGUCACUGUUUUCGGACUAUGUUGGCUUCCUCACCAUGUGACAACGAUGUGGUUGAGCUUCGGUAACUUUCCUUACACGCUGGGAACUCUCGUGCUGAAACUCACGGCUCAUUGCCUCGCCUACGCGAACUCAUGCAUGAAUCCGUUCAUCUAUGUAUUCCUUUCGGACAACUUCAAAAAGGACAUCAAACGCUUGCUCUGGCGAGGACAUAAACGACAGUCUACAAGACGGAGUAACCGUACGUUGAACAGUGACAUCGAAGCUGUGCAUGGCUACAGGCGCACGAUGGUGAGAGUAGCAUAUUCAAAACAAGCCAUUAACGUUCAAGGACAGGGAGGUGAGAGUCCGAAACACGUUCGGAUCAUUGUGGAACAGAAUGAGGAUUCUCCAUCACAAAGCAUCAACCAAAUGAAGCAAGGACUGAAAAUAGAAAGCAAUAUCUAAGCCUAGUGAUACUUUUAAGAGGAUAGGAACAACUACUGUAUUUAUGAUUAAAUAAGUGAUGUAUGCCUUUAUAAUAAUCAAAUUACUUCCAGAUUCAAUGAUGUAUAUGGGAAUCCUUUUAUCUUGCUUUCGUGUUUAGCGAGGUCUAAACGUUCCAAUAAAACAUAAUCAUUUGAGUAGUUUUCGGAAAACACAAAUGGACUAUUUCGGGACGAGAUUUUAUUUGCACAAGAUUACACAUUUAGAAACGCUACUUUCAGGGUAGCCAGAGCAUAACUGAUGCGUCUGGUGCUAUGCGCUAGAUUGGCUGUCAUUUGGGAACAUUUUAAUGCAACCGUAGGGGCGGUGAUUAACUUUGUAUUCUUCAUAAAUCAAGCACUGGUAUCGCUACCCUUAAUUAUCAAGAAGAGUAAUGACAUCUUCUAUCAACAAGACACUUAAGGUUUACUCCGGGAGACUCAGUAACAUGGAUGUUUGGAAUAAGACGGACCGUAUUGAACAUCAUGUAAAGACAAAUAUGUACAUUAAAAAGGGGAGGAUUUUACUGUAUAAAAAAGUAACUUGUAUGUUUCUUGUAUGGUGCGUAAGGAAUGAACAAACAUGUAUAGGUAGAUAUUCAAUAUUCGUCGUUGAGAGUGGAUUAUACAACAGGUAAAUGUUGUCGUUUGUGCUUCUGCAUUAGACCUAAUGUGGCAUCUCACUGCACUUGGGGCACAGGUGUGGCACUGCGGGGUUCGAUCACUGCGGCACA